AAGGGCUGGGGGGUGGCAGCACCACCGAGUGACCAACCCUGGGGAGAUGCAGGUGGCAGCUGGGGGUUGGGGAUGCAACCUCGACCAUGGGGGAGAAAGAGGGGGAUAUUGUCCCCCCAGGGAUCCCCUGUCAUCCUCCCCUCCCGCAGGUGUCCCCAGAGCAGGUGAUCCUGUCCCACAGCCCCCUGCGGCUCUUCAGCCAGUUCCACCAGAAGUGCAUGCUGGUGGCCGGGCAGGGGCCCGUGGAGGAGAACGCUCUGAACCUGGGGUUCAAGCAUGUGGUCACCAUAGAGGCACUGAGGAAGGCGUAUCCCCUGCUGGACAUGGUGGACCAGAGCCGGAGGCCAAAGGAGCUGCCUCCUCCAACCACUGGCUUCCCCACUAUAGAAGGGGUCAUUCUGUUUGGCGAGCCAGUGAGGUGGGAGACAAGCCUGCAACUUAUUAUUGAUGUGCUCUUGAGCAACGGGAACCCUGGGGCAGAGCUGCAAGAUAUACCAUACCCCCAUCUGCCUGUCCUUGCCUGCAACAUGGAUCUCCUGUGGAUGGCUGAAGCCAAGAUGCCCAGGUUUGGCCAUGGCACUUUCCUUCUCUGCUUGGAGAACAUCUACAAGAAAGUAACAGGCCGGGAGCUGAAGUAUGAGGCCUUGAUUGGCAAACCCAGCACGGUCACCUACCGCUAUGCCGAAUACCUGAUAAAAGAGCAGGCAGAGAAACAGGGCUGGAAGUCUCCCAUCCGACGCCUCUAUGCAGUUGGGGACAACCCCAUGUCCGAUGUCUAUGGGGCAAACCUCUACAACAACUACCUCAAGUCAGCUCACCAGAACCAGGUCCAGGCUGGGGUGAAGAGGAGCCUGCAGGCAGCCAGUCCCCAAACCAAGGAUCACCUGGAGCUGAGGAAGGACUGCAACAAUUCAGUGGAGAGCUGUGAGUCGAUUCUGGUCUGCACUGGGGUCUAUCGCCACGAUGCAGACGUCCCCAGUAAGACGAAGGAGCCCACGGCAGAGACGGUGUUCCACGGCCAUCGGGACUUUUGCUUCGACCCCAGCCUGGUGGAGGCAUCUUACAUAGUGCCAGAUGUGAAUGAUGCUGUGCAACUUGCUUUCAAGAAGGAGAACUGGAGCUAGGGUUAAGACAGGUGUGCCUAAAGAUCUACCGUCAGGGAUUUUUAUGUACUGGAAAGGGAAGAGAGAGGAAGAACGGGGAGAAACCUGGGGUGAUCUUCUAAUCUAGCCAACAAGAAAGAAAACUCCCUGUCCCAGCACUAAAAGCCCCUUGAUUUUAUUGGUACUCACCUGCAAUCCUGACAGCUGCCAGCAGGCUUUCGACUGUGAACGUACGUUGCUGCCAUCAAUAAUUGAGCCAUAAUGGAAUCAGGGUAUAAGGAGAAGGCUUGUCCCAGCCAUCCCAGUUUUGUUCAGCCGUCAGACUUCUUCCUUUUCCACCCUUUGUGUGUGAAGCUCAGGCAAGCCCACCCUCCUCCUCGCGACGUGUUUGAGCAUGAAGCUCUCCCCUGCUGGAGGAGCCACCAUCAGCCCACGCACGGCGUGCUGUUCAUCUGGGCUGUGAUGUGAGCCCACCAGAAGCUGCGUGGUGGUGGCCCUUUGCCAAGGGAAGGCUUUAAGUCUUUUAACAUUCUCCUUAUUCUUCGGAAGUGCCUAUGGAACUUUUUAACCAAUUCUGUUUGCUUGGGGAUUUGUCACUGCAUCGCUGUCAGCUCGAAACAAAGUCCCUUUCUGCAGUCCUCCAGCAGCUAUGGCAAGGCAGGGCCCCCUCAAAGGAAGCUGCAGUAGCCACAGCAACUUGCUGCAGGGCUGAGGGGGGAAAGUUAUAUUAUUCCCUCCUGCCUGUUUAGCAUUCUGUGAACGCUUCUUCUGCCUUUUUGCAUCCCUCUAGGGAGCCAGCAGCCUGCUCUCAAUAGCAGAGGAAACCAUGGCAGAGUCUGAAUUUCCAGGGUCAUCCCCCUGCUGCAGCUGGCACAGCUUCCAAAGAGGGGCUCCUCUUCAGAACAAGGGCCAACCGGGCAAGAGUCACAGCCCACCUUUGCUCCUUCCUUGCAUGCAAGGAUUGAAAUAGGAGAUCGCCAAGCCAGGGUGGUACCUGAGCCCCAAAUCCCCAGUCUUCAUCUUUAAGAGUACGAAUGUAUCCAUCCUUUUUUCCUCUCUCUUCUCGUGUGGUUUGCAGCUCGGGGAUACCCCACCUGUUCCCUCCUCUUCCUUUAAUAUGCAGGUAAAGUCCCCCUAACAUGAACUAGCAGCAGGGACUUGCCUGCCCAGGAACAUUUCCAUGUCCCUCAUGAAAUGCACCUUCUCUUGCCUCUGUUCUCCUAGCUUGGGCUAUGCAGAAAGAGAUGAAGACCUGUGUCUCCUUAGACAGUCCAAAGAAGCUAAGCAAGCCUUGCUUAAGAAACUCCACGUGAAAGAUUGGCUCAGCAAGGAGUGUCUUAAUUCCAGAGGAGCACUGUGAUUGUAGAAGCAUAAAUCAGGCUUCAUAUGCGAUGGAAAGCCUUUGGAGCCAACACAACUGGGUUGGUAUUCCUAGUUAGCUCACACCACACUGAGAAAAUCAGAAAUAGGUCUGCUCUGCCUCCUCUUUCUUCCUUCCUGCUUUACCAGGCAGCUCUGUACACAGGGUACAAACAAGAUGUGCUGUGCAGAAGUUUGAGUUGUUCCCAAUUCAAAUCUCAGUAUCCAUGUGCACUGACAUUCUGCUCCAGCUGCUUUCCGUCUUCUUGAUGCUGAACUAUCUGCCUGGGAACGUCACGAUGCAGAGCAGGCUCAGUUCCAAAGGUGUUCUCUUUGGAUUAAUUUAUGUCCUUGGAAAUCCAUAGCAGGAAGCACUCUUCCUCUCUAGUCUUCCUCUCUUAGUGCUGGGGUUCUUCUCUGUUGUCUUAUGAGGACAGGAAUUUCUUGGCUUCUUCUAAAAGCAGCUGUAAUGCCAGCAACACAAUCUUAAAUUUGAAUCUUUUUGGCCUUCACUGGAGAGAAAAAGAAAUCACUAUUUCAUCUGUUUGCACAAGGCAUGGGCUUGUCUCCAGUUUCCAGAAGCGUGAGCACAGGGAAGGACUUUGCAUGUAACAUAGGGAAGGUCUUCCACCUUUCAGCACAUUUCCACAGUCACAAUUGUGCUGUGGACCCAGCGUGCAAGGCCUGAAACUGGAGGUCCAAACCCUGUUUGUCCACAAACUAGCUCCAGUGUCCCUCAGCCUCACUUUUCAGAGGUGCCAUCCAGUGCAGAAAGAGGAACGCCCCCUUUCCUUGCAGUAUUUGCUAACUUGGGUGAUAAAUUUUAUAGGAUUAACUGGGAACAGUCUUCUAGGCCAUGAUUAUGUAGACCUGAAGGCUGGUUGCUGGCAAUAGCUGCUACCCACACCUUCAGUUUGGUAGGUACUUAUGUGCCGAAAUGCUAAAGUGUGUCCAUCUGAGUGUGCUCAGUGACCUUUGGCAGACCCCUUUCUUGCAAAGCCUGUGGUGCCAGUUGCUCCAAGACAAGGCGCCGCUGCACCAGCAUUCCCUGAGGGACAUUGUGCUGCUGGAUCAGUUGUCACAAAUGGAGCCAGGGGUGCUGGCUGCUGCUGCGGGGAUGGUGGCAGCAGCUUUGAGGAAGGAACAUGCAGAAGAAUUCGGAGAAAAGCACAAGCAGUUUAUAAUUUUGUUAUCAGCACGCACGGCACUUCUCAGCCAGAAGGUGAGGUGGGUAGCAAGAGGAAUGAGGUGGCACCUCUUUCAAGAAGGGAAGAGGCUUAGGUUUGCACAGGGAGUGAGCCAGGCAUCUCCAUCUUUGGAACAGCAGCGGAGGUGAGCUGACUGAUGUGAAUCUGCUUCGGGUUCCAGAUCUGCUUUUAGCUCCAGAUUUCUUUUUUUUUUUUCCACCGUGUUAGUGUUGAAGCAGUGCCCUGGGAGUCUUAAAAAACCACGUAGGAGGAACUUCAGUGAUAAGGAAUUUCAGAAAUGCUUUGCUUGCGAGUUGAAAUUGGACAGAAAGGAGGAGAAGGCAUCUAGAAGAAUCUUGUACCCUUUCCCCAAUUCUUACCGAGUAAGGUUGCAUAGAAGGCUCUGCUUGUUUGUCUGUGCAGUAAUUAGUCAGAUGGGCUGCUCUUGGUCUGAGCAACACAGAGACCUUUCCCCUCUUCCCCUCUCAGCUCCUUGAAACAGCGCGAAGUCACUGCCCAGGAAUUUUAUGGAAACAGUGGAGGGAGUAGGAAGUCUGGGUUCUCCAGCUGCUGCUGGAUACUGACGUGAUUGUGGAGGAUUUCUACAGUCAGAGGCGCUUGCCAGGUCUCCUCUGUUCCACGAGUUUUGUGCUGGAGCGCUGUGCGGGCUUCUAGCUAAUCAGCAGUUCGUUUAUGGACAUCUGUUAUUGCUAGAAUUCGGUGAAAUCCUUUUUCCUUGGAAUUGCAGCUUCCUGGAAUUAGCCUCAAGCGUGGCUGGAACGAAACUUUUCCUUCGUCUCAUGUAUUGCACAGAAGUGGUAUUUCUGAAGCUGUAUUUCUCUCAUUUGGAGCAAUCGUACUUCUGUGCAGAUUAUGGGACCAAGCAGGAGAGGGGACUUCACUUGCUGAUCUACUACCUUAAAUAUUUAUAUCAUGCACUGCCCUAUACAACAAACAUGGUGAAGACCUGACCCUAACAACUCCAUCUUCCACGGGUGGAUGGGUUUUAGUCAAGCCUAAAGGGAGUAUGCAGUGAGACGAGGCAACUGAGAACAUCAGGGAGGACCCAGAGAAGGGAUAGACCUUGUUCUGGAUCUGAAGCAGAGAGCUUUUAUGUCAUGCAAUAACAUGGUGGCCUGAAAGACCAAUUUCCUUUAUUCCACAGGAUGCACACAACUACUAGCCUGGCAUUCAGGGAGUCACGUAACACUACUGUCCCCUUCCUUCCAAUCUUAAUCCUGGUUUUUCUCUUUCCUUCUGAUAAAUGGAUAAUGUUUCGGAUUAUGUCCUGUGCACUGUAGCAGAGUGAUCAUGUAUCCUACAGAGAAAUCACAAGCUGUGAUUAUUUUAGAUUUCAUACUAAUUUCAACCCAGUUCUGGAGUUGCUCCUUUGAUCUAGCACAUAUAUAAAAUAAUAAAAGAUGUUUUCUUUGAAAUUAA